CGAAUCCAUUUUCUCAGAAUCCAAACACCAUUACAGAUUUGUAGAGAGAGAGAAAGCAAUGGAAUUACAGAGGGGAUUCCCUCUACUGCUACAGCAAUUCAAAGCUCUGUUCACAAAAAACAUCAUUCUCUCAUGGCGAAGCAAGCGAUCCACAUUCCUUCAACUUUUCUCUUCCCUCUUCUUCAUCUUCCUCAUCUUCUGCAUCCAAAAAGCCAUGGAUGCUCGCUUCUCCUCCACCAGCACUUACAAGCACGUCUUCGAUCCCAAACCAAUUGUUUCUCCUCCGAUUCCGCCAUGUGAGGACAAGUACUACGUCAAGCUUCCUUGCUUUGACUUUGUAUGGAGCGGUAAUGAUAGCGCCAAGAUUGGAUCGAUUGUUACUCGAAUUAUGACCAAUAAUCCGGGAAGACCGAUUGCUUCAGACAAGGUUAAAUCUUUUAGAACAAAAAAUGAAGUCGAUGCAUGGCUUUUCAGCAAUCCUAUGCAUUGCCCUGGGGCUCUACAUUUUGCAGAGAGAAAUGCUACUGUAGUAACCUAUGGUAUACAGACUAAUUCUACUGCGGUUGGCAAACGAGGGCUUUAUGAAGAUCCCACACUCAAAUUCCAAAUUCCUCUUCAAAUUGCAGCAGAGCGUGAAAUUGCAAGGUCUUUGAUUGGAGAUCCAAACUUUAGCUGGGUUGUCAAUCUGAAGGAAUUUGCACACCCUGCACUGGAGAUUUUCUCUGCUGUGGGUUCAGUAGGACCAACCUUUUUCCUUGCAAUUGCUAUGUUUGGUUUUGUCUUUCAAAUUAGUAAUUUGAUCACAGAGAAAGAACUCAAACUUCGCCAGGCAAUGACUAUGAUGGGUCUUUAUGAUACUGCAUAUUGGUUCUCGUGGCUCACGUGGGAAGGAAUUAUCACUCUUCUUUCAGCACUUCUCACAGUUCUCUUUGGAAUGAUGUUUCAAUUUGAUUUUUUCUUGAACAACAACUUUGCUGUUGUGUUUCUUCUUUUCUUUCUUUUCCAAUUCAAUAUGAUUGGUUUUUCCUUCAUGCUGUCGGCCUUCAUUAGCAAGUCAUCUUCAUCAACAACUGCAGGUUUCUCCAUAUUUAUCAUCGGUUUUCUAACUCAGGUUAUUACACAAUUUGGAUUUCCGUAUAGUUCCAACUUCUCCAGUCUUUAUCGGAUCAUCUGGUCACUGUUCCCACCAAACCUUCUUGCUCAAGGUCUUAAAUUGCUUUCUGAUGCAACUGCCACUCCUCAAGAUCCAGGAAUCAGUUGGAGUAGAAAAGGGAAAUGUGCACCAAAUGAUAAUGAGUGUGUUGUCACAAUUAGUGAGAUUUAUAUAUGGCUCAUUUCAACAUUCCUUCUGUGGUUUGUUCUGGCAAUCUACUUUGACAAUAUUAUCCCAAACUCAUCUGGUGUGAGAAAAUCGGUGCUCUACUUUUUAAACCCUGGAUAUUGGACAGGGAAAGGUGGAAACAAGGUGGCAGAGGGCGGCAUUUGUAGCUGCACUAGUUCAGUUCCCCCAAUGGAAGAUAUUACUCCAGAUGAUGAGGAUGUACUUGAAGAGGAAAACACUGUGAAAAAAGAAGCGAAGGAAGGUGCAGUUGAUCCAAAUAUUGCUGUUCAAAUACGUGGUCUUGUAAAGGUAUAUCCUGGUGCAACAAAGAUUGGUUGCUGUAAAUGUAAGAAGACCUCGCAUUAUCAUGCUCUCAAGGGCUUAUGGGUUAACUUUGCAAAAGAUCAGCUAUUCUGUCUUCUUGGACCCAAUGGAGCUGGAAAAACUACUGCGAUCAAUUGUUUGACUGGAAUUACGCCAGUGACGGCUGGAGAUGCAUUAAUAUAUGGUCAUUCUGUUCGGAGCUCUGUUGGCAUGUCAAAUAUUCGAAAAAUCAUAGGAGUUUGUCCUCAGUUUGAUAUACUUUGGGAUGCAUUGUCUGGUCGAGAACACCUCCACCUCUUUGCUAGGAUUAAAGGCCUGCCCGCAGCUUCAAUUGAAUCCGUUGCACAGAAAUCAUUAGCAGAGGUGAAACUCACUGAGGCAGCUAAAACGAGAGCUGGUAGUUACAGUGGAGGAAUGAAACGCCGGCUUAGUGUUGCAAUUUCCCUUAUUGGUGAUCCAAAGCUAGUCAUAUUGGAUGAACCGACGACUGGUAUGGAUCCAAUCACUCGAAGGCACGUUUGGGACAUAAUUGAGAAUGCGAAGAAAGGGCGGGCCAUUGUCCUAACUACCCAUUCAAUGGAAGAAGCUGACAUUUUAAGUGAUCGCAUAGGAAUCAUGGCAAAGGGUAGGCUUCGCUGCAUUGGAACUUCAAUCAGGUUGAAGUCCCGGUUUGGUACUGGUUUUAUUUCUAACAUAAGCUUCGCUGGAGCUGCUAACGGAACUCCUGUCAGAGGGGAAGAUGUUCCCAUUGUAAAUCAUGAGCCUGUGAAACAGUUCUUUAAAAAGCAUUUGAAUGUGGUACCAAAAGAGGAGAACAAGUCAUUCCUGACAUAUGUUAUUCCCCAUGACAAGGAGGAGCUAUUGACGAAUUUCUUCGCUGAGCUCCAAGAUAGAGAGAGAGAAUUUGGCAUAGCAGACAUCCAACUUGGUCUUACAACUCUGGAAGAAGUUUUCCUGAAUAUUGCACAGCAAGCAGAGCUGGAAAGUGCUGCAGCUGAGGGGAGAACGGAAACUCUGACUUUGACUUCUGGAACUGAACUUCAGAUACCUGUAGGAGCCAGGUUCAUCAUUCCAGGAACAGAGUCGCCUGAGAAUCCUAAAGGUCUUAUGGUUGAAGUAUACUGGGAGCAAGAUGAUUCUGGUGCCCUCUGCAUUUCUGGCCACUCACCUGAAACUCCAACACCGCCUCAUGUUCAGAUAGCGGCAUCUUCAACAACCAAUUCUCACAGAAGUAUCUUAGGCCGAGCGGGACCAAUUCAAGGAAUCGUGAUCGAUCCUAAUCAAAUUGGUUCUAUGGGUUCUCGGCGAUAUUGAUCACAUUGCGACAUCACAGAAGUAUAUAUAGGUACAUGGACUUAGUAAAUUAAGUUAGCAAUUCGUGACAAUUUGCUAUUCAUUCUUGUAAUAUCAUUGAUUUACAAAUUUUGGCUUUUGAGAACAUCAUUUGUAUUAAUUUCUUUUUAUCAUAAUUCAUACAUGAAUAAUACACUUUUCUUUUC